AUGGAUCCUCCGGUAAAUCCGUCUGGUGCAAACCCCAGCGGCCGAGGCCGUGGUACUGGAACGGCCAAUCGUCGGCCUGGUGGAUAUCGUAGCCGUGGAGGUUUCUGGCGUGGUAACUAUCGUGGUAACUAUCAGAGUAGCGUCCCAAGGGAAAAGCCGGUUGGAUUCGCUUUGCCAUCGACCGCUUCAGGAACAUCGUCACCACCAGUGUUCACACCAACUUCCGUAUUGACGACAAGCUUAAAGAAUGAUUCGUGUGAAUACAUUGGAUGGAAAUUGUAUUUCCCGAAAGAAGAUUAUAAAGUUGGAUCAAAAACAGUCCAUCACGUUCGAACGAUGCAAACGCAUUAUGAGGAAAAUGUAGAGCACUACGACAUUGGCCAGACGAAGAACAGUAACUGGUUUGAGCUGAAACUCGAUGUAUGCGAUAGUGAUAGACGCUUGCGUGAGCAAUGGUCCACGAUGCGGCAGGAUUUAACCGAUAAUCCUGAGUACGCACUGGCUUGCUUCGGGCUGGCGAUGCAUCAAUUAUUGGUUAAACACAGAACGAGUGGAAGUUCGCAGCAGAACGCUAAAUUGUGCCUGCAAACCAUUCGACCGCGUGUAGUCGGAUUUGGACCGGAAGUUUCAAUCGGUUCGAUCAAAGUCAGCAGUUUCGGUAAACUGGUGUCCGUCCGGGGGACAAUCAUUCGGGCUGGCGCCUCGCAAAUAAUGAACACAUGGUGCGCCUUCCGUUGUUCAUCAUGCGCCAGCGAACAGGCAGUACAGCAGAAGGAUGGUAUUUACACCACUCCGACAUCGUGCCACAGCGGGUGCAAGGCUCGAAGCAAUUUCAUGCUCCUUCAGCAUUCCAUAUUCACCCGGAUGGAGUCGUAUCAAACCAUCCGGCUGCAGGAAACAACUCAAGGCUCACGCACCGUCACGGGCAGUGUGGCUAAAAACAUCGAGGUGGAAUUGACGAAUGAACUGGUGGACAGUGUUUGCCCGGGGGACGAUGUUACUGUGACGGGCAUAUUGAAAGCGCGCUCCCAGGAGGACGGCUCUACCAACAAUAAGGCCAGUCUGUACAAGGCAUACAUCGAGGCAGUGUACGUACGUAGCAACAAAAAUGUGCUCGCCAAUUGGAACCGUUUGGCGGAGUUCACCGAGCUCGACAUGGAAGCGAUACGGAUGAUACAAUCGGAACCGUCUCCUUUCCGACUGCUGGUACAAUCGCUCUGCCCUACCAUCUACGGGCACGAGGUUGUUAAGGCGGGCUUACUGUUAGGUCUGUUCGGAGGGCAAGCAAACACCAGCCGAACGAGAGCCGAAAUCCACGUGCUCGUCGUGGGAGAUCCGGGAAUUGGUAAAAGUCAGAUUUUGCAAAGCUGUGCGAAGGUGUCGCCGAGGGGCAUAUUUGUUUGUGGCACCAACUCUUCCAACGUUGGCCUUACGGUGACGGUCAGGAUGGAAAAAGGUGUUGGAGCAUCGCUGGAAGCUGGAGCUCUCGUACUUGCCGACCAGGGCGUGUGUUGUAUAGACGAGUUCGACAAAAUGUCCGGCCACCAUGGGCUGCUGGAGGUGAUGGAGCAACGGUCGGUUAGUGUGGCAAAGGCUGGUGUCAUCUGCACCGUACCCGCCCGAACGACCGUUCUGGCUGCUGCGAACCCUGCCGGUGGUCACUACAACAAGGGUAAAACCGUGUCAGAAAAUUUGAAACUUCAUCCGGCGCUGCUUUCUCGCUUCGAUUUGGUGUUUAUUUUGCUCGAUCGUUCAAACGAAAGGACGGACAAUCUGCUCACAGCCCACAUCCAGAAGGUACAUGGACUGGCUCGUACCAAUUCCACACCUACCCAUCCAUUCUUUGAUGCCUCGUUCAGUUCAUCGUUCGACGGAGAAGCAGAACUUUCGUUGGAAGAACGCCUACGCUUAGCGCCGGGUGAAAAGAUGGACGUCCUGCCAGCGGAACUGGUUCAGAAGUAUAUCGGGUACGCACGCAAACACAUCCAACCGAAAUUGACGGCAAAGGCAGCCGAAGAGUUGCGCGACUUCUUCGUCGAACUACGGCGGGUGCAUCGUGAGAUGGACAUGAUUCCGGUAACGACGCGCCAACACGAAGGACUGAUUCGGUUGACACAGGCCCGGGCAAAGAUUGACCUUUCGCCGGUGGCAACGGUGGAGCACGUGCGGGACGUUCUUGCCAUCCUGCGCCAAAGCAUGUUGGAUGUGUUUAGCACGGACGAGGGUGAGCUCCAGUUCACCCGACUGACGAACGGUAGUGGCACCAGCAAGACGUCGUUGGUGAGAAAAUUCACGAGGGUACUGCAGAUGCGUUCCGCUUCCUCCGGUUCGACCGUUUAUACCACGGCGGAACUGCGGGAAGCGAUGGUGGCCGGCGGUAUUAUGGGCAACUGUGCCGAGCUGAUUGACACGAUGAACAUUCAGGGAUUUUUGCUCAAGAAAGGGCGUGAUUGUUAUAAAUUUAUCAUUGAUUAACGUUCGGUAAGGACGGGAAGGAAAUAAAUCGUAGCAAUGUGAUAUAACUCAAGGGCACGAAACA